AUAGCGUAUGAAAAUAGCUGUUAAAAGCCGUGGUUUGCAAUGCAUAGCCGUCCAGAUUCAAAUAUUCAAGUUUGAAUCACAAGAUACCGAGGUUACCUUCGGCCUGGGACCUGCCAGUUCAGUAAGUUGGGGCAAACCACCAAUGAAACUUGGCCCAACCUGGCACCAAACAUCCUGUCAUUAUCUUACCAUCGCGUCUUCGAAUUCACAUCCCUUUCUCACCUCCAAUCCGGUGCUCGUAUCAGAUCCUACAUCCUUGAACCCUUCGAGACGCUCCAAAUCAACCACCUCCAAGAAAAAGUCAGAGCCGGGUCCUCGUACAGAAUCAAGAGUCGCCACAAUGGUCGCCGACGCAUUAGUCUAUCACCCUCUCGUGACUCAUUACCUUCGCUUUGUUGCAACUACCAUCGGUCGAGAUAAAGUGCUCCGGACGAUCCAAUACUUUGCCAGAUUCUAUGCCUGGUACCUAUACCGCACCAACAACCCCAGCAGCUCCAUUCAACCGUGGACUGUGAUCAAGACCCAGUUUGGUCUCACCAGAAAAAUCCUGCGAGUUGGCAAAUUCGUUGAACACUUGCGCCUGGGAUCAGAAUUGUACAACUCAGCCGUCAAGUCCGGCAAUGGCGACAAAGUCAGCCAAUACCUUCAGAUCCUGCGACAGAUCGGUUACGCAGGUUAUCUCCUGUGCGACUCCUUGACCGUGCUGGAUGCGAUGGGCGCAAAGAAGGACCCCCGUGCAAAGAGCCUGCAAGCCACGGCCUAUCGCUUCUGGUUCUCUGGCUUGACCGCCAGCGCGAUCGCCGGAAUCUACAACACCUACAAGCUGAGACAGCGAUCACUCGCCGUGGACGAGAAGGACGCUGAAGCUAAAGUGGACAAGAUCACCAUUGCAAGACAACGACAGGUAGUCAACAUUCAACUCGUCUCCGAUCUGUGCGACUUGACUGUCCCCAGCACCGCCUUGGGAUAUGCCAGCUUCGAUGACGGCAUCAUUGGUCUUGCAGGAACCACGAGCAGUUUGCUCGGCGCCUGGGCCGCAUGGGAAAAGACAGCUUAGGAGGAGCUCUGAAGGGUGGCAGCAGGGAAAGAACAAUCGACAAUAUGGAAAACCUGAUGAUGAAGAGUGUGUCAUUGACCUUUGCCAAUCCUUCUGUGGCACGAUCAUAUCUUUCAUUGGGGAACACCCAUUACCAACAAUCAACAAUGGGUCGAGCGGAUUUCGCCAGAACAACAUGACUUGACCUGUCAUUCACUGUCAUUCACUGACUUUCACAUGUGGCAAUAUCGGUCGAACUAAAACAGCAAAGAUGGAGUGAUCUAUAGUACUAGAUUCAUGAUUGCGUUGGAACCAAGUCAAAAUGAACACGAUCCCUGCGCGCGUUGUUAUUAGUGUUCGUCGUCGUUGUACUCGAAGUCAGAGUCGUGACACUGAAGUCGAAUCUACAUGUGAUCUGAGUGGCACGAGCACAUGCAGGAAGAGAAAUCGAGCCUGAACAUCGGAUCCUUGUCCGUUGGACAAUCGGUCCGUGAUCGCC